AUGAAAACACGACGAGAAUUACGAGAAGUCAAAGAGCAACUUCGUGCUUUUCAAAUAAGUGACACUAUAGCAUUAUCUAAUAAUAGAACUAUUCCAGUGAAGACUAUCAGUUUAUUUGUUCAAUAUAAUGGAUUUUUCAAUCAACUAUGUGACAUUCCUCACACAAUGACUGUUGGAGAAUUAUUGGCCAAACUUCGGCAAUUAACUGGAAUUCCAUUUGAUCGUCCAAUACGCAUCCGAGUAUUAAGUGAAGAUGGUUUAACAACAGUCUUUGUACUUUAUAAAGAACUUAAUCGAACAUUAGAAUCAUAUAAUGAUUUUUUAAAAGCUCGAAUGAUUUUAAGUAUUGAAGAUAAUGAUGUUGAUAAUGAUGAAGAACAAUAUUUAGAACGAUCUUCAAGUACAACUAGUAGUGAACGAACUUAUUCAUUUGACGAAUCUGAUGUGUAA